AUGAUAUUGAAGAGGAGAGCCAGGCAGGAGCAAUCCGAGAGGAAGGAGAGAGAAGAGGAAAUCCAACGCCAGAGACACAGACGCAAGGAGGAGGACAAAGAGGAGCGAGCGGAGAGAGCGCGUGCAUAUGAGGAUCCAGAAGCCAUCGAUCUUGAGGAAGUGGCCAACAUUGAGAGCGCAGUCUACAUAUCACAAAUUCAAAGACAACAAGAUCUGUUUCAUCAAAUCACACAUACACACUCAACAACACCCUCAACACCUUCAACAACAUCUUCAACACGAUCAACACCACCAUCUGACACAGAAAGUGAUAUUGCCUUUAUGUUUGAACAGGGCAAGAAGACUUUGGAUGAUGAUAGUCCUAUGUUCAAGAAGACUUUGGAUGAUAGUCCUAUUUUCAAGAAGACUUUGGAUGAUGUUGAUAGUCCUAAGUUCAAGAAGACUUUGGAUGAUGUUGUUGGUCCUAAGUUCAAGAAUGCAUUGGAUAGUCCUAUGUUCAAGAAGACUUUGGAUGAUUUUGUUAGUCCUAAGUUCAAGAAUGCAUUGGAUAGUCCUAAGUGCGAGAAGACAUCGGAUGAUAAUGACUCUAGAUGCAAAUGCCGUGGAUUCCAUCCGUACCCUCAGAAGAUGGACGUAUCACGACAGAUGUACACUUACACUCUCAAGAAGAACAAGAACUAUUCCAAGCCGUCGGCCAAGACGCAUGUCCCCAGGAAGAAGACUGCCGUCAGGAGGACUAAAGCCAAGAAGAAGAAUACAAACAAGAAGACAACUAAGAAGACAACCAAGAAGAAAUAG